AACCCAUCCUUCCUCCUGGUUCCCGGUCUCUCUGCAACUGGCUGCCGCGCACUUUCUAUCCCCGGCCUGCAUUCAUAAGCUGCCGGGAAGAACGCGCCAACAGGCAGGCCGCCGGAUUUGUCCAUAUCAGUAGGUCUAAAGUAACUUAUCUGAAUGGAAGCGGAUGGUUUCAUGUCCCGGCGAACGUCGGUGGAAGCAGCGGGCGUCGAUAGCCGGGUCACUGGCCCUGCAGCCAGGGCAGAGAUUCGAUGGUCUGGCGGCAGACUGCUGGGAACAUCGGGAGGAUUUCAUGUCUCAUCCAGAAUGGCGGGGGAACAGGACUUUGUCUCGGUGUCACAUCGGUCUACUCCGGAGACCUUGACUUCUGUCGAGACAGAAGUAGACUAUGAAGGACUGCCUCAAGGAGUAUCCACUAGCACACACAUGUUGGCAGGUGCCGUUGCUGGAAUCAUGGAGCACUGCGUUAUGUAUCCCGUCGACUGUGUCAAGACUCGCAUGCAGAGCUUGCACCCAGAGCCGGGCGCACGCUACAGGAACGUGAUGGAUGCCCUGCGGCAGAUUGUACAGACCGAGGGCGUGUGGAGGCCGAUCAGAGGCGUGAAUGUACUGGCAGUGGGGGCGGGGCCUGCCCAUGCUCUCUACUUCGCGUGCUAUGAGAAGAUAAAGUUCUCGCUCAGUGACGCUGUUCAUCCUGGCACCAACAGCCACUUUGCCAAUGGAGUGGCGGGCUGCAUGGCCACAGUGCUGCACGAUGCCACCAUGAACCCAGCUGAAGUUGUGAAGCAGCGAAUGCAGAUGUUUAACUCACCUUAUCGUGGCGUGGUGGACUGUGUGAGUUCUCUGCUGAGACACGAGGGCCCAGCUGCUUUCUACCGCAGCUACACCACCCAGCUCACGAUGAACGUGCCCUUCCAGGUGCUCCACUUCAUGACCUAUGAGUACCUGCAGGAGCUUCUCAACCCCCACAGGCAGUACAACCCUUCCUCCCACGUUGUUUCCGGUGCUCUUGCUGGAGCCCUGGCUGCUGCUGCCACUACCCCCCUCGAUGUCUGCAAGACCCUUCUUAACACGCAGGAGACUCGGGCUAUUCACGUGAUCCAGGCAGAGACGGGCGCUGGAGCGGUUGCGUCGGCCUCCGGCAGCCGCCAAAUCUCUGGCCUGGGCGAGGCUUUUCGGACGGUGUACAGGAUGGGAGGCUUUCCAGCCUUUUUUAAAGGCGUCCAAGCCCGGGUCAUCUACCAGAUGCCCUCUACUGCCAUCAGCUGGUCUGUCUACGAGUUCUUCAAAUACAUCCUCACCAAACGGCAGCAUGAGAGAAGGCUGCAUGGAGAUCGGGAUGGAGACAAAUAAACGCCUGGAAACACGACUGGGUAUUAGCAUUUCAGAGGUUUAUUGCACCGUAGCAAUCACUGUUAUGGGUGGUGAUUUCUGAACAUCUGAAGGUUAAAAAAUUCUUUCUGAUUCUUUGAGCAGAAAGUCAGUUAUCAUCUUGUUUACUGAUAUCAAUUAUGAUAUCUGUUCUAAUUCAAAGUGGGUGACUACAUUUACAACCAACAAAAGAAGCCUCUCAUUAUAGAGGGUUGGCAGAAUGUCCAUCUGUAAGAAGAUUGCCCUGAAAUAACAGGUUCUGGUUCCAACUUUCUUUUAUUUUUUUUAUUUUUAAACUUUUACUAGUGUUUGACCCAACAAACUCUCAGCAUGGGCAUCCAGAAAGGAAAUCAUUUGUUGUGGCUGAGCAGUGUUUCCCACAGAUGUUGUUUCUAGUUGUGGCAGAGAGCGUUUACUGCUAAAGAGUCCCAAGUACCCUUUGUUUAACAAAUUAUUAACACCUCUACAGAUAUAUUUUUUUUUUUUGCCCACUAACUCAUGACACUAGGGCUGGGCGAUAUGACCCAAAAUUCAUAUCUCGAUAU